AUGACCAUAUCCGCGUUGGCAGACGAGACGGUUCGCCAACUGGGUUCUCCGACAGCCAUCACCACAGCUGUAGACCUGGUCAAGGAGCUCCUAGAGAAUGCAAUCGAUGCCGAUGCCACGUCGGUCGAGAUUCGUGUUUCGCCAAACACCGUCGACAGGAUUGACGUACGAGAUAACGGCACCGGUAUUUGCCAGGACGACUGGAAUUCCCUCGGACGUCCGGCCCAUACCAGCAAGAUUGCCUCACUCGAGGACCUUCGGAACCUCGGAGGCAACACACUCGGCUUCCGGGGUCAGGCUCUGGCAAGUGCAAAUAUGCUCGGGAAGGUCAAUGUCAUCACGAGGACCGCUGAGGACUCGACCGCGAUGUUGUUGAAGCUUUUCUUCGGUACAGGUGGCGUGGAGAGCCAGCAGUGUGCUUCUGCUCCAGUGGGCACAACUGUGAGCGUCAGGGGCCUCUUCAACUGCCUUCCUGUUCGUGAGCAGAUAACCAUCAAGGAAGCUUCGAAGAACAUCGCGAGGAUUAAGCAGCUGCUCUUCACAUAUGCACUAGCCAGACCGCAGCUUCGUUUAUCUUUCAAGAUCCUGGGGGAGGAAAAUCGGCAGUCAUGGACCUACUCUCCACGCCCGCAGGCCACGGUCAAAGAAGCCGUCAUUCAGAUAUUCGGCGCGGAACUCAUGUCUCGGUGCCUUAUCCACACAGCCUGCAGUAACCCAGAUGGCAAAGACGAUACGCCUGGACACGGGAAGGACAAGUUGGCGAUCGAGGCUGUAUUGCCGAGGCUAGGCUCAGAUUAUUCCAAGAUCUCGAAAGGGUCUUUUUUUUCUGUCGACUCUCGCCCCUUGUCGACUGAGCGAGGCACCAUGAAGAAGCUGCUUGCAGUGUUCACAAGCCAUUUCUCGAAUUCCAUGGACAGGGCCCACGUCCACAAGCCGCUGAGAAACCCGUUCAUCUGUGUCAACAUCAAGUGCUCUUCUGGAAGCUAUGAUGCCAACAUUGAACCAUCGAAGAAUGAAGCCCUGUUCGCAAAUGAGUCUGAGUUGAUAGACUUGUUUGGAUGCCUCUGCUCUGAUGUGUAUCAGGAAGAAGUGUCG